AUGGCUAGACCGAAAAGGCCACCACCAGAGGGUUUUCAGAAUAUCGAGCCAACGUUACUACAGUUUUCGGAGAAACUUAAAGAAAUUGAAAAUACGAAAUCCAAGAAAAUUUCCAAGAAAGAGGCAUUAUGGCCUAUUUACCAAGUGCAUCAUCAAAGAUCACGAUACAUAUAUGAACUAUACUACAAAAGAAAAAUGAUAAGCAAGGAGUUACUGACGUGGCUUCUCAAGAAUAAGUAUGCUGAUCAAAAUUUGAUUGCAAAAUGGAGGAAAAAGGGGUAUGAAAAGUUAUGUUGUUUGCGAUGCAUACAAAGUGAUGAGAACAACCAAAAAAAUACUUGUAUUUGCAGAGUUCCUAAAGAACAGUUGGAAAAGGAAUUAAGGUGUGUCACAUGUGGAUGUAGAGGAUGCGCUAGUGGAGACUAA